UUUAGGUUCAGAUAAUAUUAUUGAUUUUUAUGGAUUUACAAAAGAUCUAAAUACUUCAAAAUAUAUGGUAGUAAUGGAUUAUGCAAAUAAAGGCAAUUUAAGAGAAAAUUUAACAGGAAUAGUCGAAAAUCAUUGGAAUCAAAAAUUACAUAUGUUGUACGAAAUUAUUUCUGGACUUAGUAAGAUACAUGGAAAAAGUCUUAUUCAUUGUGAUUUUCAUGAUGGUAAUAUUUUAAAUCAUAAUGAUGAGUAUGGUGAUAAUAAAAAUUAUAUUAGUGAUUUAGGAUUAUGCCAACCUGUAAAAUCAUUUUUGAAAAAGUAUGAUAUUUAUGGUGUUAUACCAUUUAUGGCACCUGAAGUUUUAAGAGGCAAAUCUUAUACUCCAGCUAGUGAUAUAUAUAGUUUUUCUAUGAUUAUUUUAAGUAUUUGUAAAGGUGAACGUCCUGAAAUUAUUGAAAAUACUCCACAAUGCUAUGUAGAUUUAAUGAAAAAAUGUUGGAAUGAAGAUCCAUUAAAAAGACCAUCUACUUCAGAAGUGAAAGGUGUUAUUAAGAAUUGGAUUUUCCGUCCUUAUUAUAAAUUAGUUAGUGAAGAAUUAAAAAGCAACAUUAUGGAAUUUAUAGAUGCACCAAUUGGGCAUUAUGAUCUAGCUAUUAAAUCUCAUCCUAAAGCAUAUUAUACAAGUCGCUUACAUGAUUUCACUAGUGAAAAAUUGAAUGAAAUUCUUGAAAGUGAAAAUUUGGAUAAUUAUAUGAUUAAAGAUUUAAAGUCAUUAGACGAAAAUACUAGUGAAAACUUGAGUGAAAUUCUUGAAAGUGAAGAUUCACAAGUUAGUGUAAAAGUAAAUGAAAUACUAGUAAGUGAAGAUUUGAAUGAUUAUAUAAUUUAAAUAUUAAAACAGAUGAAAAUUAACCAAUUAUGUGUGUUUAAAAUGAUUUAUAGUUUUUUUUUUAAGUGAUAUUUGAUAUCAUGCAUUCAACAAAAAUUGUUCUUUAUUUUAUUCU